UCCCCUUUCUUUACCCUCUUCUCCACUCUUAGAACCAUGUUCUCUCUGUCUCUCUGUUCCUAGCUUAUUACAAAACUCAAAAUUACAAAACUCAAAAUUGAACCCAAUUCAGAGCUUAAAGCUUCAAUUUUUAUAACUGAGAUCGCAUUCUUCGUUUGUUUCUGCAAACCCUAGUAGUGAUGAAGCUUGUUCUGUAGGAGGAAAUUUCUGUUGUUUUUUCUUUUUGAGAUAAUAAUGACGGUCCCAUGGGGCGGAUUAAGUUGUUGCUUAAGUGCUGCAGCUCUUUAUCUUCUUGGCAAGAGCAGUGGAAAGGAUGCAGAAGUCCUGAGAUCAGUGACGAAAGUUAGUCAAUUAAAAGAUUUAGCACAACUGCUUGAGACUGCUUGUAAAGUGUUGCCGUUGGUUGUUACUAUAUCUGGACGAGUGAGUUCGGAUACACCGAUUACUUGCGAGUAUAGUGGUUUGAGAGGUGUUAUAGUCGAGGAAACGGCAGAACAACAUUUUCUGAAGCAUAAUGAUGCUGGUUCUUGGAUACAAGAUUCGGCUUUGAUGUUAUCUAUGAGUAAAGAGGUCCCUUGGUACGUGGAUGAUGGGACCGGUAGAGUUUUUGUAGUGGGAGCGCGAGGUGCUACAGGUCUGACGUUAACUGUGGCAAGUGAAGUCUUCGAGGAGUCAGGGCGUUCUCUUGCACGAGGAACACUGGAUUAUCUUCAAGGUCUCAAGAUGCUUGGAGUCAAGAGAAUUGAAAGAGUUCUUCCUACUGGGACUUCCUUAACUGUGGUUGGCGAGGCUGUCAAAGAUGAUAUUGGAGCCAUCCGGAUACAGCGGCCGAGCAAGGGUCCAUUUUAUGUGUCACCAAAAAGUAUUGACCAGCUUAUCGCAAAUCUUGGGAAUUGGGCAAGGGUGUAUAAGUAUGCGUCUAUGGGAUUCACUGUGUUUGGGGUUUAUCUACUGGCUAAGCAUGCUAUUCAGUAUAUAAUGCAAAGAAGACGUCGCUGGGAUUUGCAGAAACGGGUUCUUGCUGCCGCUGCUGCACAACGGUUACAGCAGGAUAAUGAAGACUCAAAUGGAAAGACAGAAAAUGAAACAGAUACUUCUAAGAGGGAUCGUCUCAUGCCAGAUCUCUGUGUCAUAUGCUUGGAGCAGGAGUACAAUGCUGUUUUUGUUCCGUGUGGUCAUAUGUGCUGCUGUACAUCAUGCUCGUCUCACCUGACAAGUUGCCCACUUUGCCGGCGGCAUAUCGAACAGGUAGUAAAAACUUUCCGCCAUUGACAAAAGCUUGGUGGAUUAAGACCAACCAGGCCACAUGGCAAGGGACAAGAAGUUGAGGUCCUUGAUGUUGUAUUACUUUCUACAAGUUCCGGAGAAUUCUCCAAAAUAGUCUCAGUGAUCCAAAACAAAAAUUGAUAUAGAGAAGAAUUUGGUUCUUCAGUUGUAAAUACCACAUAGUACAUGUUUUCCUUGUAAAUGGGAAUUGCUCAGCUUAGGGUGGUUCCUCGUCAAACUAUCUAAUCUAUCUAUUUCAUAUUGAAUAUUGUUAUUCCCUUUA